UACUGUAAAGGCCUGUAAACACACUAUAAUAUGUGAAGUAGGUGGAGUCACCCUUUAAUCUUACGUCCUCUCACGUCCCGUGCCGCGUCAUAACAGCGACAUCUUGAGGCUGUCCCGGCUGCUGCCUGAAGGACUCCCCGCAUGGAAACAUCCCGCUGGAUGUCCCACACCGCCUUUUACACGGUGAAGUCCUCCGAGAAGGACAUUUGGUGUGUGAACUUGUAGUUUUAUAAUAAAUCGUCCUGAUUAAAUCACCGCAGUAAAGUCGCUUCAGCCGCCGCCAACGGCUUUCCGUUAAAACCGUUGGUCCUGAGUGUCGCCUCCUCGCGGGCUCUCCCCUCAGCUCAGCCCACCCAGUUAAUCAUUGUCUUUUCACGGUCGGACUCGGCGGACGUCGAGAGUCCGGCUCCACUUCGCAGCUCCUUGUCGAGCCGACACGUUGAGCUUGUGUGCUUCAGUUCAGCUUGUGUGUCCCGAGCGACGAGCCGAAGAUGAACCCGAGCGGAGCCCGCAGCGGGAAGACUUUCCUGUUCACGUCCGAGUCUGUGGGAGAGGGACACUCCGAUAAAAUGUGUGAUCAGAUCAGUGAUGCUGUGCUGGACGCAUACCUGAGUCAAGACCCUGACUCUAAAGUGGCCUGUGAAUGUGUGACGAAGACCGGCAUGAUUUUACUGGUUGGAGAGGUGACGUCUAAGGCCACAGUGGAUCUCCAGACAGUGGUCCGAGAGACCGUGAAGUCCAUCGGCUACGAUAGUUCUGCAAAAGGUUUCGACUACAAGACCUGCAACGUGCUGUUAGCGCUGGAGCCGCAGUGCGUGGAGAUAUCGGACUGUGUGUUUGAGGGCAGGGAUCAGGAGGACAUCGGUGCCGGGGACCAGGGUUUGAUGUUUGGAUACGCCACAGAUGAGACCGAGGAGUGUAUGCCCUUAACCAUCCUUCUGGCUCACAAACUCAACUACAGGUUGAAGGAGCUGUCACGUAACGGAGAGUGUCCUUGGAUACUACCAGACUCCAAAUCACAAGUCACAGUGGAGUACCAAGACAACAUGGGAGCCAUGGAGCCGCUGCGUGUUCACACUGUGGUCAUCUCAGUCCAGCACAUCCCAGAAAUCAGCCUGGAGGAGAUCAGACACCAUCUGAUAGAGAAGGUGGUGAAGGUCAUCAUUCCUGCCAAAUACUUGGAUGACAAGACCAUCUACCAUCUGCUGCCAAGUGGGAAAUUCCUUCUCGGUGGCCCACAGAGCGACGCAGGACUCACGGGGCGUAAAAUCAUCGUGGACACAUAUGGAGGCUGGGGUGGCCACGGAGGAGGAGCUUUCUCUGGGAAAGAUUACUCCAAAGUGGAUCGGUCCGGAGCUUACGCCGCUCGCUGGGUCGCCAAGUCCUUGGUCAAAGCCGGACUGUGCAGGAGAGCCCUCGUUCAGAUCUCCUACGCCAUCGGUGUGAGCCAUCCACUCUCCAUCUCAGUGUUUCACUACGGCACGUCGACCAGGGAUGAAGACGAGCUGCUGCAGAUCGUACAGAAGAACUUUGACCUGAGACCUGGGGUCAUUGUGAAAGAGCUGGGUUUGAAGCGGCCAAUUUACCAGGCCACUGCCUGCUACGGUCACUUCGGCAGAGAGGAGUUCCCCUGGGAGAAGCCGAAGCCUCUGGUGUUUUGAGUUCAGGAGCUGAUCACAUUCCAGUUCUCAAACAGUCGAGAGUCCAAUCUGAGUCACAGAAUCCAUGUUUUCCAAACACAGCUGUGUAACUGAAAGCAAAAAUAUCUGUUUGUCUGUCCUCUGUUAAUCUCUGACCCUGAACUGUGAAGGCAGUGAUCUCAGUGCCUUUGUUGAAGAUUGAAUUUUGAUUCUUUCAUUUUUAUAUUAUUAACAAAACCCUGAUCGAGGUACACUCCUGUAUGACAAACUGUAGGUAUUGUUAAAGAAUAAUCAUGCUGUGAAUGUGACACUUUUUUUUAGAAUCUUGCAGUGAACCAUGUCAGAUUUACUGCAAUCAUUUUUGGUAAAAUGUCAUAAAUAUUUUGUGAUUCAAAAGCUGCAUAUGAA